AUGUGCGAUGAAGUAAGUAAACUAGCAGAAGGAACACCUGAUGAUCUGGAAGCGAAAACUAUUUCCUUGAACGAGCUGAUUGCCGCAGACUUGCAGGAGAAGGAAUCCUUCGAGACAACAUUUCCGCCUAAACCAGCAGUAAUCAACCGCAAACGUUACUCGCUUAUUAAAUCACCAAAGCCUUUUGCAAGGAUAAAACAAAUUUUAGACUCCGGUUUAUCUAUAGUUAAUAAACCAUUCGAAGGGAGCAUACUGUCACCACUGAAAUACAAAAAGGCUUAUCUGAUCAAAAGUCCACUUAAACCAAAAAAGUUUAAGCUCCUACAAAAAUCUCGAUACAAACGUAAGAAUCAGUCUACGAAACGUGAGACGCAAGCGAGUCUUACGAAGUCAAAACAAAGAAGUUUAAGCGACAUCGAUUCUACUCUGAAGAAAGUUUCGAGAACAUCUCUACUGCAGAACAAUCCAAACCUGGAUUAUCAAAAACAAAUCCGAAAAAAGAGACAAUUACUGUUACCCCGACUGCCACCACUGAGGUCUCGAUUACUGCCGAGACUCCCUCCACUACCACGGCUACCUCCACCACAACCGAUAAUAUUACCACUCGUGACUUCAGCAUUAUCAGACGGAAUAAGGACGUACCCGUAUUACUUGCAAGAGAUACCUGUAGCGGUCGGCGAAACGAUAAUGGAAUCUGUGAGGGAAGCAGCGCCACACUUCACGGAAACGUUAAGGGAAAUAUCACCAGGCAUCAUAGAAAUAAUGAACAUGUUCCCCGAUGCGCGGAAAAUGACUCCUGUGCAGAAGAUGGUGAAAAGAAUACCGAGCGUGAUACACGAGACGGUGCAAGAAGCUCUGGACUCGCAGGACCUUUCGGAACUCGACGUAAUACAGGACUUAUACAGCGAGGAAGUGGAACCAAUAGUGAAAAUGAAAACGACACGAAAACUGAGACCACCUAUGACGGCCUUCGAGAAAAUCAAUUCGAAAUUGGAAGAAACGAAACAAAGGGCGGAAGAAUUCUACAAGAAUCUCUUCGAAGAUUACGAGGAUUUACCUCCGAAAAUAUUAACCAAACCACAGAGCCAGUACAAUCCAAAGAAGUACAUGAAGAAAGCAUCAAUGUCACACACGAUAUCGCCAGUCAUAAAGGAGUCGCUGACGGAGGUGGCUCAAUUGCCGCAGAAGAUCAAAAAAUUCGUAAAGGAAAUGAAGGAAUGA